AUGGCGUCUGCACAGAAGGCCGGAAAGACCGCGCCACGUCUCAUUCAUGAUGUCCAGCUGUAUGACCCAGCACACGACCCAGACACAGGCCGUAAUCUCCUAUCAGAAACUCCGCCCAUUUACCCAGAAGGCUACACCGGCCCACCUGGAUUCAUAUCACCUGAAGCAUGUCGACACCAAUAUGUCUUGAAAGAAGACCAAACCUUCAUGUCAGAGCCAGAGCACCGGAGAAGGCCAGGCACAUCGUCCAAGGUCUCAGCCAUAUGCACAAAGUGCCGUUAUCAUCUUCAAAUGGUGGUUAACUACACCAGCCACAUGAGCACAUUUGGUCAGAAGCAGGGGAAGCACUUCCAUCAUUUGGUCUACAAAUCAGGACGACAGAAGAAUGGCCUUGCGUUGCCCGAAGAGACUCCCAAAGGGCAGUUUGCGGAGACAUACCAUUAUCAAUGUUCGUACACCUCAUGUUCGGCUAUGGUAUCUGUGCGGAUUCUUUCACCGAUUUUGAGCCCGGCAUUCAUCCACAUGAUGACCGAUAAAGACUUGUUGCGAAAACGAGCCGAAGAGGCCACUGCAGCGUAUCCUGAGUCCAUGGAAGGCAUGGGUGAUCCGCAGCCGAUCAAUGUAUUGGAUAAUCUGCGCCUGUACGUUACCAAUGCCCUGCGAAAUCCCCAGCGCAGCAAGCCCAUCUCCUCCGUCAAUAAGAGGUUCAUGCAGUCUUUCGGCGUGGAAGGUGCUGCUUGUAAAGAAUUACUUGAAUUUCUAGAGUUCAUGUACAAUAAGGUUCGUGAUAAUGAUAUUGAUUCCCAGAUCGUCCAGAGUCUUGUUGAUACUGGGGCAUGGCACCCGCCUAAACCGACACCUGACGCCGAGAAACCUUACCAUGACACGACGCGUCUCUUUCUCGACGACGUGAUGCAUGAAUUGCUCAUCCUAGUAUAUCUCCGGCCCGCUUCAGAAAGAAGAGGGUCUCAGCUUCCCUCUCUCCCUCCCUCCGCCAUCCCCGUUCUUUUCAGUGCUCUAGAAGCGCAAGACUACCCGAUAGCUUUGCGUUACAAGGAGUUUGAGAUGGCCCAUGCCCCCUUCUAUGAGGACCUGGGGGUGAUGGAGGAUAUGUCCUCAUUUGCUGUCAUCGAAGCAUACAAUCGACAGAUCUUGGCCGAUCCUGAUAGAACCCCGGUAUACUUGUCUGCUCUCAAGGCUAUCGGCUUUCUGCGUGGUGGCGAUGACCAGGAAACUAUCGAUACAGCUGUUCAGGCAGCUUAUGAACAAGGAAAGUAUGCAGUUGAGGACAUUGCCAGCGCUUAUCAGUACUUUAAUCUUCACUUCGAUGAUCCAAACCUUACUGAGGAUAGCAUCAUUGGCAAAUUCUAUGCCUUUCUCAGCUCUACAACCCAAGAUACUGAAGCGCGUCAGCAACUGUGGAGGAUUGGCGACUCCAGGGGAAGCUCGCGCAUCAAAGCGGCGUCAGAAGACCGCGUUUCCACCGUCGAACAAGCAAAUGUAUUCUUGGGGGUCGAGGAUAAUACCCCGGAUGAUUUUGUCAUGACCAUGUAUACUGCAAAGGUCAAUGACAAUCCACUUACCCAAGAACUGGCAAAACGCGCUGUGGCACUCAUUGCCGAGUCCCGCAAAUCGGUCGCGUUGAAGCAUUUCAUCGAUACGGGAGAGAUGAUUGCUGGUGAACUGGACAUUGGUGAUGCCUAUCGUCUACUCCAAAUCCCCGAUCGAACUGCCGACGAUGGGGCAAUCAUAGCUGCAUACACAAUCUGUGUCGAUGAAAACCCAGGGGAUGCCGAAAGAUACAAUCAGGCUCUGACAAUCAUUGCCAAACAACUGGACAGUUCUACGUUGAGGAAUAUGGCAGGUAUCUCCAACGAGCCUGAUAGAAGCAUGCACGAUUGGCCAGUCGGACUACAAAAUAUCGGCAAUACAUGCUAUCUCAACAGCCUGUUACAGUUCUAUUUCUCUGUUCGUCCUUUCCGUGAGUUGGUCCUGGAUUUCGAACGCUUCCAAAUGGAUCUUGAUGACGAGGAAACCCUCGCAAAGAAACAAGUGGGCUCCCGGAAGGUGACGAAGAAAGAGAUCGAGCGAUCUCAGCGAUUCCUCAAUGAGCUCCGGACUUUAUUCCGUAGCAUGAUUACUUCAUCCCAAAUUUCAGUCACUCCCGGCCAAGAACUUGCCCGGUUGACCCUGAUUAGCCCAAGCAACGAGGCGGCAAUACGUCGUCGGUCAACGAUCACUGCUAAUAGGUCUGAGAUUCUUGGUGACAUCAACGGUGCUCCUGUUCUGGGGCCCCUUGGGCCUCCACAGCCCCUUCUCGGGGGUCGGAUGGAGCCGGUUUCAUCUUCUAGCCAAGCUGAUCCCGUACCAAUUCAAAACCCGACCGGCAGCGAUCACGGUAGCGAUGCAACAUUGGUCUCGGAUGACAGCAUGAAUGAUGCACCUGGACUCUUUGUUGAGGACAAGGAGAACAAUCCCCCGGACAUGGAUCAGCUGUCGGAUCAAGCAGAGGCAGGAUCGGAUCAGGAUAUGAAUAUUGACCCAGACGACGGUGUAUCGGCCAACCUUCCACCGCCCGUCCCUCCUCGCAACCCCCCGCAAGUUGAUCGGGAAAAGCAAUUGAAGGAGGAGGUAGAAAUCGGUGCCCAGCAGGAUGUGACAGAAGUUAUCAACAAUGUUCUGUUCCAGAGCCAGUGCGCCAUCAAGCCUCGGGGCAUUGGCAGUGAUGGUGAACAGCUUGACCAGAUCAAAGACUUGUUCUACGGCCAAACCCGCUCUUACAUCUCUACCGAAAAAGGCACACGCUCGAAGGACGAACGGUGGUGUGACAUCAAGGUUGAUGUUGCUCAUGGAUCUCGAAACAUCUACGAUGCCAUCGAUGGGGCAUUUGAUAUCCAAAAGAUUAGUGUGGAGAAUGCUGUGGCUGAACAAUUCGCUUCCAUCAGCCAGCUUCCGCCUGUUCUCCAGAUCCAGGUGCAACGGGUUCAGUUUGAUCCUGUGAAGAAAUGCUCAUUCAAAUCUACAAACCACCUCGGGUUGCUCGAGACUAUCUACAUGGAUCGAUACAUGGACACGAAGAAUCCGGAUGUUGUGGAUCGGCGAAAUCAGUGUUGGGAGUGGAAGGCAUCUCUGAAAACGCUUGAGGCCCGCCGAGAAGAGCUUCUCAGGACAAAGGAAGGUGCCGGUGUUGACAUAGCAACCUUGUUCCGUAGAGUCAAAACGGCACUGCAAGAUGUGGACGCCAUUGAAAACGACAUUGAGACCGGAGCCGGAGUCGGAUCUGAUCCCAUGAAUGCUGUGGCUAGUACGGAACUAUUGGACGAACUUGACUGCCUUGCCAAUAAGGCAGAGAACGACCUGCAAGCUAUCGACCAAGAAAUCAAGGAUACGCAGACCAUGAUUUCCAGCCAAUUCGCCGAUUUCAAUAACCUCCCAUAUCAACUGUACGCCGUUUUCGUGCAUCACGGGUCGGUAUCAUUCGGCCAUUACUAUAUCUACAUUUUCGACUUUGACAAGAAGAUAUGGCGCAAAUACAAUGACGAGUAUGUCACCGAGGUCCAGAACGUGGAUGAGAUCUUCAAGGACGACUUGACCAGCAACCCUCCUACCCCGUAUUUCCUUGUUUAUGUGAACGAUAGUAUGAAAGACCGUCUAGCAAAUCCGGUCUGCCGUGAGAUAUCCGACAACAUGACCGACUUUCCCGGUCUAGAAUUGGCCACCACCAUGGAGGGUGUCCAACCCACCAACCCGGAGACAGACGUGAAUAUGGAACCUCCAAGUUAUGAAGAAGCAUUGGCCAUCAAUGGAACUCCAGGUACGGGAAACACAGAAUCCACCAACGUGGAAACCACAACAUGGCCCCGUCCUCGUCCUGCGACUGACUCGGAGCAAUAUUGGUAG